AUUACUGCCGCGAAUUGCGCACGGGCUUGCCUAGUCAUGUCAUCCUAACCCAAGCGGCGCGAACAAUUAUAGCUCGGACAGCGGAAGGCGGAUGUUGCCAUUUUUCAUUUCAAAACAGCGGGAUUUUGUAUCUGACCGUGUCAGCCAGCUACGGUAGCUUAUUGGGCCCGUCUGCGACACGAAUAGGCAAAGAACGGCGGACUGCUGUAGCUACUGUGUAGAGUGUGACAGGCCCGGGCAAAAGACGAGGGCAAGAGAGGACAAGAAACGGCGGCACGACAUUGGGAGGAGGUGCUCGUAGUCUCCAUCCAUGGACAACCACAUCAUCGUCGGCCUCAUUCCUCGUGGACUCGGGUUUGGCAGACAGGACGAUCAUCACUUGCCAGGACUAGCAUCAACAGUAUCGGUACCAAGGACGACAACGGGCCCAGGAACCGGAGGACCACCACCAGGACCACCACCACCACCUUCACCACCAUCGGAGCCACCAUUGCUCCCACUGGCUAGCGGGAACGAUGAUUACCGCAAUUAUCAGGGGCACAAAUAUAGCAAUAAAAAAUGGAACCAGCAGCUGGAUCGACCAGUGACCGGCGCGCAGCCUGGCCCCAGAACCCUGUCCCAGGCCCUCGCCCAUCCCCAAUCCGAUCUAGCAGAGGCACCCCGACCUGCCCGACCGCCCCAGCUUGAUCCAUCCCAAUCUCCAUUUCAAUCUCAGUCUCACUGGCACCACCAGGCAGAGCUGGCCGAGCUGGCAGAGCACCAAGCUGAGUACCGAGUCCAAGCCCAGGCCCAAGCCCAGGCAUUAGGAGUCCAACAGGGCCAGCAGCAGCACGACGGCGGCGGCCAACAACAUGGUGCGGAUCCUCUGGCAUUGGCAUCACAAAUUCAUCCUCACUCACGUCCUCACUCUUCCUCUGCCCACGCCGCUCCCCAUCAAAAUCAGCCCUACCACUAUCGCCACGCAUCUCAACCCCCUCGUCUGCCGCCAUUAGCGGCGUCGCUGUCGUCCUUCUCUUUCAUCCCCACCUCGUCCUUCGACCCUUUUCGCACUGACGAAGGGGACAGCUACUUUCUCUCGUUUGGUGCCUCGCCGUCCCCAGCCACACCAUCCUCAUCGAAUGCCACGGCUAAUUCUGCUGUUCCUCGCUUACCCGCCCAGACGGAUGACAUAGUCUCACCCAUUUCUGAGACACGUUCAUCGACACCUGCUUUUCGUAGUUUUGAUCGCGCAAGCGAGCUUAAUGCCCCCUCCCCUGCUGCUGCUCAAUCAUCCACGCUUUUCGCAACCAUCAGUGCUCUCAAGCGUCAGCCUACCUCCAACUCAUCAGCCCACGCCUCACUGCUUGAUGAUAAAGACUUUGAGCUCACCCUAGGCGUGACCGAGAGACCAGAACACCACGCCACGCCUACGUCUCGGUUCACUUCUGCUGCCAUAACGAGUGCUGUCGCGCAGGAUGUGGCGCACCUGACAGAUGAGAGAUCUGACGACUGGUUUAGAUUCACAGCGCGGGAGUCCACUCUUUCCAAGCAUACUGAUUCAUUGAUCGGAGGGCAGCCAAAUAUGACAGUCGCCAUGACAGCUGACGAGUCAGCAGCCCAGGAACAGCAGCAACAGCCGCAAAGCAGUCAUUUCACAUCUGCACCAUCGUCUUCUUUCACCCCGCUGCCGCCCAUCCGUCGAACAUCGACGUUUGACGUACUGCGGAAGAAAGGCCUGGUGGACUACGAUAGCGACACGGCACCGUCGCCCAUUGAGAAAGACAGCCCUGCCAUGCCUUCUGGGCCCGUAGAUCUGGCACAGCAAGUUAGCAAUGGCCAACUGUCUGCAUCUCAGGGCGCAUCUCGAUCUUCCCCACACAAUUCUGUGCAGGAGGAGCAGCAGCAGCAGCAACAACAACAGCAGCAUCUAGAUCUCAAUGUCCCUAGUCAAAGUCAACCUGCUAUGCCGCAGUAUCCUCAAGGCGUCACUGCUGCCGGUCCUGCUGGUCACCCUGGCAUGCUUCAGUACCCCGGCAUGCAGAUGCAUCCGCACCAGAUGGCCAUGGGCCCCGGUGGUGCCGUCGGUCAACAGGUUCCUCAUGGUCAAAUGAUGAUCAACGGUCAAGGUCAAACCAUCCUCUCACUACCUGGGGGCCGUCGUUGGACCGAACAGAAGUCGACGCUCGCAGAACCACUGAACCCUUCCAACCGUAAUCGUCCAGCAAAUAGCCCGCGGACGUACACUGCCUAUGACAAAGAGACAGAGGGCGAGGGACCGCCAUCGCAUUUUACUGGUGGCUCAUCACAGCCUGUACAGACACGUCCACGAAAUGUGAGCAAUUCGGCACCUCCAACUGCGGCAACCCGGUUUCCAUCGCUGUUCCCCCACCCAGGUGCUGAACAGCCCGCAUUCCCACGGAACCACGGUCAGUUGCCUACUGCACAGAAUCCCCUGAUGCGUCGCCAAAACCCUGGUCUUAGAGACAGCUUGGAUGAGAAGUCAUUAUCUAACGAAAUGGAUGUUGCAAGUACUACGACUGAAGAUAUCAAUGAUAAACCUAGGAGAGGCUCGGGCGCACUAUUCAAUUUGGGCCAUAAGCGUAACUCUAGUAGUACCACUACCGCCCACCAGGCACCCGCCGAUGUGCCAUUGGAGAAAAAGAAGAAUUUCUUUCAACAGGUUACGGGAAUGGGCCAUUCUCACCCCAAAAACAAGACGAAUCUUGGUCCAGCAAGGACUACACCUCUCGACCAGUCCGACCAAGUAUCCCUCCCGCCCCAGGGCGACCAUGUGCAGAGUAAAAAGAAACUUUCCGAGCUCAAGGGGAUGAUUAAGGGAGUUGGAAAUGCGAAAGAGGGCGCCAAGGAUGACCAACCAGUUAGGGUUGAAACUGUUUACGAGUCUAGGGAAUCGAUGCAAAGCCCACCUCGCAACUUCACCGCGCCGCAGGGGAUGCAAGGUGCCCCGAGGCAGCCAGUUCCUUUUGGACACGCACCGCAAGCCGGGUCAUUUGGUUCCCCAGUACAACAAGCACAGAUGUCUGGGCCUCAGGUGUCAAUACAACCUCACCCAUCACAGAUGGGGCAGCCUGGAGCGACUAGCCCGCCUCCCUUCAUGACCGUUGGUCGAGCCAGUACAUCAGGUCCUCAACCGAGUUUGAACCACCCGGUGAAGGGCGACGAUAGUGGGAAGAAGGGCUCUGCAGGUGGUUUCCUAGGCGGUUUGUUCAGCAAGCAAGGAAAUAAAGCGAAGGAUGCGAAACCCCAAUCUCCCCAGCAAAUGCCGCCGUCUGGUCCUCGGCCCCCGCAACCACCGAUGCAAGCUGGGUAUCUUCCGUUUCGCCCCGGGCAAAUGCAGCUACCUGGGCAGCAACUCGGCCCACACCCGAUGCUUGCCGGCCAGCCGCCCGUUCAACGCGGUCCUCCGGGUCAGUCUCCAUCGCCAACACUAUUCCAUGACCCGACCCUGCCCUCUCCGUCUGUCCAGACAGCACAAGCAGUUGCCAUCCGCCGCCCUUCCGAAAUCACCGUUUCCUCUCAAAGUGGAGCCCAACAAUCAUCUAAUCAGCGGCCUGGUAUGGGCUCGCCACGAGCAUCUUCAGGCGUGUUCAAGCAGCAAGCUAGUCCUGCCUCGAUUGGACCGAGAUCAGGCCAAAUGGGACCACAGAAUGAGGGAGAAUCAACACAGACCUCACCCCAACUUUCUGAUGAUUCCCCACUUGAAGGCCCCGCCAUUGGAAACCUAGGGGCGAUUCCUCGUGCCUCGCCGAAUCGGAAACCUGUUGGGGGUGGUAACCCUCGAGGAGAUGUCCCGACUAUGACAUCAGCUAUUUCACCCGCCGUAACGAGGUUAGCAGAAUCGCCAUCGUCAUCCCCAGGACCAGGUCAGCAGCGAGCACCAAGCCAACUAUCACAUGUCCAGCAAAGUCCUCAGCUAGAGUCGUCAAGUGGGUUCAAGGAUAUGCGCCAGCCGUCACUCCCUUCACCAGGACCUUCUCCUGCACCCUCGCAAUCUAAUCAGUCGACUUCGUCUAGGUUGCAGGGAGAUCAAUUUUCUCGCGAUUCCCCUGAUCUACGGGAGCCAGGACAAGGCAUCGGCGGGUUUCCAAACGGUCUCGGCCUGUCCGGCCCAAUGAAUUCGCCCGGGUAUGGCGGUGCGCCAAAUGGGUUGCCAUGGGGCCCGAAUGGUGUCCGACCGUCAGCACCUCCCCUGAUUUCUCCUUCGGCUGCCGCACGCGCCCAGCCUUCCCAUGAUCCCAGUAGCCCCGUCCCCUCGAUGGACCAAGGCAAAUUAUCCAAGUUUUUUGGUGCCUAUGAUGGCGGCAAACCCGCCGCGCAGCCACAGGCCAAUAAGGAGAAAAGUGCCGCGUCCAAGUUCCUUGGCGCUUUUAAGAGAAGCUCCAAGCAAAAUGAAACGAUUCAACAUCAAGAACGUCCUCAAACAAGCCCACGAACAUCACAGCAAGGUGGCCCUGGCUCUGGGCCUGCAAUGGGAACAUUAGGCCCUAGUGGUAUGCCAACAACUUCAGGUAUCCCUCCAAGACAACCUCAAAUGGCAGCACAACCUGGACAGGGCCGCGGUUCGCUCCACCCACAGAUAGCAGCACAACAAGUCCAAGGUGGCAGGGGACAGCUCAGUCAAAUACCUCCUCAAGGUAUACCGACAUUCGCACAGGCCGGACGAGGCCAGAUCCCGCCGGGUAUGAUGGCACAAGGCGGACGCGGCCAAAUGCCACCGCCAAUGUUCGCUGGGGCUAGUCCUAUGCCACCCCAGAUGCAACGUCCUGCGACUACUGGGAAACAAGGAAACGAACGUCAAUAUGACCAAGUCCCUAUUCCCAGGGGUUAUGAAGCUGUACAUGGCUACGGUCCCGGUGGCAUGUUGGCUUUUUCGCCCUACAACGCCGGUCGUCCGGGCCAAGCACCUAUUCAGUACGCGCCGUACGCGCAAUACCCUCCAGCAUUAGCGCCGGGGUUCCCGCAAGGUCAAUGGGACCCCCGUAUGAUGCCGUUCUCACCAGCAGGUUCACCACCCGGCGCUGUUCUCCAGCCUGGAGCCCCUCGAUUUCCACCUCAGGGCGUGCCUAAUAGCAUGCCAUAUCAGGUUCCCCCUCAACAUCCGCAGCUUUCGAGCCCAACGAAAAUUACUUCCCCUACUCCCCAGGCUCCCCAACCCCCUUCGAACCAAGGUCAACAGGCACCAGGUAUCCCCCAAUCAUACCCGGUGCAACAACUCAGCCAGCCAGUACCGUCGGUGCACGGUCAAAUGCCCACCCAGUUUGCCCAAGGCGUACAACUCCAACAAGGUCAACCACAGGGGCAAGGGCUUCAGCGAGAACCCAGCCCCGACUCAAAACCUCAGCCUUAUAGCUGGUCGGGAACCCCCCAGAACACACAGAGUCCGGCAACUUCUGUUCAGCAAUUAGAUCCGCCAACACCCAAUCUACUCCCCCAGACCAACGUACGAGCUGUUUCAAGCUCGGCCAGUCCGGCCAGCAAUGGAAUGUUGACUCCUCAGUCCCAACAUACUGCUGCUACAGCUCCUAGCCAGCCUUCCCAAUCGCAGCCAACGCAAGCUACUCUCGCCAGCCAAACACCACCCGUCAACCGUCCCGUCGAUCCCUCCGGCAAGACUCCACCUCAUGAACAGUCCCAAGCGGCCAGGGCGCCAACCACGAGUUCCAAUUCCAGCACCAACGGGCUUCUCCGAUCUCAGGACGCUGCUCGUUUGACAAGUCGUAUGUCUGUCUCGAAACCAAUAACGACGAAUGUUAGCUCGGAGAAACCAGCAGACCGCACUUUGACCGUCAGCCCAGAGCCGUCUGGACCGCGCCACGGUCCUAUACACCAAGUCUCAGAACAGAAUCUCGGUGAGGGUGUAAAUACCGACGUGCGAGAUGACAUCUACGAUGCCACGCCACGAUUAGACAGCUCCACGCCUCGGCAAAUUUCUUCUCGGGGAGAAGAUCAGGCACAUGAGAAUACCAAGUACGCUGCUUCGGAUCACAAGGGCCACCACAGCGCUGCCAUCAAUGGAGCUAUAGCUGGGGUUGGUCUUGGUGUUAUUGUUGGCGCUGGUGCUUCUGCUGUCGUCUCUGCACCACCCGUCGUCACAGAGGACAAUAUGAGUUUCCUCGAUGGGCCGGACUCGGAGCCAGAUGAAAAUAAACCGGAGGAAGACAAGGUUUCGCCGCCGCCGCAAAUAGCUACUACAGUGCCUGAGCCCGAGGAGAAGAUCCUUGUCGAUCAACCUGUUGAACUGGCUGCUGUUAAUGAUGUCGAUGAUGGCAUCCCGAUGAUGAGUGCCACGUCGUAUCCUGGGCAAGAAUGGAAUCCAUAUGGUGCGGGCGAGUUUGGGGAUUGGGAAUGAGUCCCGUAAUACUGGACAUACGGAUCACAGCAAAAUGUCGAGUACCUGACAUCUGCUAGCCGGUGGUAUUCGCAUAUGAGUGUCUGUCAGUUCCAACUCAGUAGUGUGGGUUUUGCUUGGGCCGCCUCCUGGUAUACCGUCGUCCAAGCUUGUUCACGAUGCUUUCAAUGCGUAUCGUGCAGAAACCCUGAGGCGCAAAGUUACUUGCCUAUUUAUCUUGGAUACUACCAUGACGCUGGAAUACUCCGUUAAUCUCAACUACCUACCUACCUACCUACCUACCUACCUAUCUAUCUAUGUAUCUGUUCAUCAUCCACGCCACACGUUCAAGGAGGCGAUCUGUACGACGGCGAGAUAUCUAUUCAACGGCCACGAUUAUUCAUUUAUAUACCAAACCAUACUCACUAUACUUCAUACUCGAUAGUAUUUGAUAUCUACUUGUUCUACAUACAUACCUACAUGCCUACCUAUCUGAUACGCACGCAUAAGAGCGCUUGUAUAUACCCGCCGCUCUGCUUUUCGGACCUUUCCUU